AUGCCAACGACUUCCGCGACGUCGAUGCAAAAGAUUCACCCUCUGGGCAGUUUCGAUUCACUGAUAGAUGACGAUGACGACGAGAUUUCCAUCGUGCUCGACACCGUCAGUAUUCUCAGAACCGAUCACAAACCGACUAUCCUGAAUGAGGUUGAGUUACCAACAGAACUUGACCCAACAGACGAUGUCUCCGAUGUCUUUCCAAAGACACCACCCAAGAAAACGAUCCACGUUAUCAUCCGGCGCCCUCCUUCAAUCCAUGCGCCUGUUCCUGUUCCACUCCAUGCUCGCAGCUCCACCCCUCUCUUAGACGACUCUCGCCGUGGCACGCUGCUAUCUGGCGACCUCCAUAGCGACAUCAAAAAGAUCACGGACAAGUUCUUUGCACCAGGGUCAGACGUGGCCAAAUUUCUCGACGCGUUCGUGGGAGGCCAAGGAGCACUGCCCACGACGACUGGGCCCAUUCUAGGUUUACCAAGUGCUCGGCGUCGCGGAUUCGGCCAUCCACCAGAGACUUUGUCCUUUAUUUAG